ACCAAGAUGGCGGUGCGCAUACCGCUGUCAGUAACGAUGUCACCCUCAACUUCUGUAGGGUGUAGGCUUCUUUUCAAAGAGCAAUAUUCAUCUAUAAACCUUUUUAAUCCAUUCACAAAGAUCUGCAGACGAGGUUACUCGGUGAAAGCCCAGCAGGAGGCGGAGGAGAGCAUCGUCAGCGCCGCCGGGUUCAGCGGGCCUCUGGAUCACUACACCGGGAUGAUCAGGGACGGGACCCUGCGGGAGGAUGAGCAUCAGAAAGCGGUGCUGCAGACACUGGACCAGCUCCACAAAAAACUCAGAGGAUACAGCAACACACCCACGUCUAUCUUCUCCAAGUUUUUUACAAAACCAAAGCCUCCAAAAGGUUACUACAUCUACGGAGACGUUGGCACAGGAAAAACCAUGGUGAUGGACAUGUUUUACUCAUAUGUUGAGACUGAAAGGAAGAAGAGGGUUCAUUUUCAUGGCUUUAUGCUGGACGUCCAUAAAAGAAUACAUCGGCUGAAACAGAGUAUGCCAAAGAGGAAAGCAGGAAAAAUGGCCAAGUCUUAUGACCCUAUCGCUCCAGUAGCAGAAGAGAUCAGUGAGGAGGCCUGUCUGUUGUGCUUUGAUGAGUUUCAGGUCACUGAUAUCGCUGAUGCCAUGAUUCUAAAGCAGCUUUUUGAGAAUCUGUUCCUGAAUGGUGUCGUUGUUGUGGCCACUUCUAAUCGUCCGCCUGAAGAUUUAUAUAAAAAUGGUUUGCAGCGGGUGAACUUUGUCCCUUUUAUUGCUGUAUUGCAGAAAUAUUGCCAAACUCUCCGCCUUGAUUCUGGGAUAGAUUACCGUAAAAGGAACAGACCUUCUGCUGGAAAACUUUACUUUCUCUCCAGUGAGCCUGAUGUAGAAGCGGCACUAGACAAGAUGUUUGAUGAGCUCGCUUUCAAGCAAAAUGACAUAACGCGACCACGAGUCCUGAAUGUUCACAACAGGAAAGUGCGUCUGAACAAAGCCUGUGGGACCAUCGCAGACUGUACGUUUGAGGAGCUGUGUGAUCGACCUUUAGGGGCCAGUGAUUACCUGGAGAUGUCUCGGCUGUUUGACACCAUCUUUAUUCGCCACAUUCCUCUGCUCACACUGAACAAGAAAACUCAAGCCAGGCGGCUCAUCACGCUCGUGGACGCUCUCUAUGACCACAAGGUUCGGGUGGUGAUUCUGGCUGAUUAUCCACUGGAGGAUAUUUUUGUACACGAUGGGGAUCACAGUCAUGAUGAGAGCCACAUCCUGAUGGACGAUCUGGGGCUAAAAAGGGAAGAAGCCAGUGGUCUGUCGAUCUUCAGCGGAGAAGAAGAACGGUUUGCCUUUCAGAGGACAGUGUCUCGACUCACAGAGAUGCAGACUGAGGAGUACUGGCUUGAAGGAGACAGAAGUACAAAAUCCUAGGUGUAACAUUUUCUUACAAAACCUCCAUAAACUGUUCUCCUCCCUGCCAAAAUCACAGACAGAACACUACUCCAGUAAGGGGACUUAUCAGCUGUACAUUUGCAAAUACUGUACGAAAAUAUUUAUUGAAAUCUUAAAGCCUUUUAUGACUUUACUGUGACAUUGCACUUUAUGGAUCAUUUUUAAGGUGUCAUAUUGCUUUUAAUCAUAUAGUGGUCCAACUAUAUUUGCUUUUAUAAAUCUGUGGAAAAGAGACGCACAACUUUUGGAAAUGAACUUGUUUGAAGAUUUUACAUUUUAAUCUUUGAGCUGUAUACCGUUAAUGAAUUAUACAAAAUGGAUCUCAGUGAGCUGUAGAUGAUUCUUAAAUAUGCUUAAAGAAGAAAUGGGAUACUUUGAUUCACAAAGUUGAAGCAGUAUUUUUUUUAAUUCACGAUGGACUGUAGCUAUUCUCAUCGUACAAUAACAUUUUUACAAUUUAUCACCUUUUAUAUCUGUUGGACAGAAGGGAAACAAAACAUGUACCACAACACUUCCAGGGGACGACACAUCCUCACGUUGUAUCUGCCUACUCAGUAAAAAAAUGCUUGAAGUUUAACUUUGCCUGUACUUUUUAAAUCAAUGUUUAUUUCUUUUUAUGUUUUUUGUCAUGUAGCUUAGUCUUC